AUGCGCUACUUUCUCACACAUUCCAUCCGCCAAAACAUCAAGCCUUGCGCCUUCUCCCAAGCGAUUUACUUCGGCGAAGCCCGUUCUGAGAGCGAAGCAGUAAACACGCGCCCAGGCUUGUACAUCAUAUUCCCGUACCUGAAGCAAUCUGUUACCCGCAAUGAUAAGUUCCUAAAAAUCUGGCACGAUGACAUCGUCGGACCAGCAUUCAACCGCGCAUGGGAAGACUCCGGGCUUGUCGACUUAUUCCGAAUGCAAAAUCAUGUCAAGAAGACCAUUAGCGGAAAUAACCGUCAGAAAAUGGCUCAUCCUGCGAUCAAUCUCAUCCACCACCUCCAAAAUAACAAGACGAACAAGCUGCGAGAGCAGUGGCCCGAGUUUCACGACCCCGAAGUCCAGAAUAACGAAGGGAAGUACACGGGUCUGCGCUCUAAUAUUUUCGACGAAGCGUGGAAAUCAAUUCUCGGUAUGGUCAAAGAUCAUCCACAGCUCGGAGGAGAGUUCCAAGACCCUUUCCUUCUAGUUGUGCAUGAGAUUCACAUCGACAUCAAUCAGGAUAUGAGCGUGCAAGAUAAAUAUGGGUCUGUGGGACGUAACUGGGAUCUUUCUAUUGAUUCCCGGUAUAUUGUUCCAAAGAGCUUUAAGGUCAUUGUGGAGACCACGUUGGGGGGGAAGAUGGCUAGAGUCAAGGGUCAGUUGAAAACAACGCAGAAGAAACGGAAGCGGGAUGCAGAUGGGGAGCGAAAGGGAAAUCAGGGUAGAGUGAGCGAUGAAGAUGGGGAGGCAGAGAAUUGA